GUGAGGGUGAGCCCUGUCAGCUCACCCCAAAAACUCUCUUCCCAGUGGCAUCUGGGCCUCGGGCUGUGCUGGAGCAGGUCAGGCUGGCUGCACUGGUUUGCCCGUGCUGGGAAAUCUAGCCAGGGUGGGGGAGAAGUGCGUGCGGGGGCCCCUUUCCCAAGUUUUUCUUGCUGCAAAAGGCCUAGCUUAGCCUGUCUUUUUCUAUGCACAGGAUGGCUCUUGCUCACCAGAGCCUCACAAAGAUAAUCGCUCAGGAAGUGUUUCAGCCAAUCCCGGGCCGCCUUACACUCCGAUUUGCCGGGCCAGCCAAUCGGGGAUGAGCUCUUAUUAGGCGGCCAGAUCAUCAAGCCGAAGUGCCAAACCCUUUUUCUGUGAGAACUAGGAGCCUGUCCUCCAUGUUUUAUAAGUAUUGACAUUACACAGUGUUAACAAUGCAUCCACAGAGUCCCAAAUCUGCCAGCCUGUUCUCUCUUCUUAACUGUGGAAAAAUGAGACGGUUGCUUGAACAUGUUGGCUUGGCCGAGGAGGAAAUCAAAACAGAACAGGAGGUGGUAGAGGGCAUGGAUAUCUCUACUCGCUCCAAAGAUCCUGGCUCCGCCGACAGAACAGCCCCGAAAAGAAAGUUCCCCAGCCCUCCGCAUUCUUCCAAUGGCCACUCGCCACAGGACACAUCCACAAGCCCCAUUAAAAAGAAAAAGAAACCCGGCUUACUGAACAGUAACAAUAAGGAGCAGUCAGAACUAAGACAUGGUCCGUUUUACUAUAUGAAGCAGCCACUCACCACAGACCCUGUUGAUGUUGUACCGCAGGAUGGACGGAAUGAUUUCUACUGCUGGGUUUGUCACCGGGAAGGCCAAGUCCUUUGCUGUGAGCUCUGUCCCCGGGUUUAUCACGCUAAGUGUCUGAGACUGACAUCGGAACCAGAGGGGGACUGGUUUUGUCCUGAAUGUGAGAAGAUUACAGUAGCAGAAUGCAUCGAGACCCAGAGCAAAGCUAUGACAAUGCUCACCAUCGAACAGUUGUCCUACCUGCUCAAGUUUGCCAUUCAGAAAAUGAAACAGCCAGGGACAGACGCAUUCCAGAAGCCUGUUCCGUUGGAACAGCAUCCCGACUACGCAGAAUACAUCUUCCACCCCAUGGACCUUUGUACAUUGGAAAAGAACGCUAAGAAGAAAAUGUAUGGCUGCACAGAGGCCUUCCUGGCUGAUGCCAAGUGGAUUUUGCACAACUGCAUCAUUUACAAUGGGGGAAAUCACAAAUUGACGCAAAUAGCGAAAAUAGUCAUCAAAAUCUGUGAGCAUGAGAUGAAUGAAAUCGAAGUAUGUCCGGAGUGUUACUUAGCUGCUUGCCAAAAACGCGAUAACUGGUUUUGUGAGCCUUGUAGCAAUCCACAUCCUUUGGUCUGGGCAAAACUGAAGGGGUUCCCAUUCUGGCCGGCCAAAGCUCUGAGGGAUAAAGAUGGGCAGGUGGAUGCCCGGUUCUUUGGACAACACGACAGGAACAGAAACAGUCAUUUUCCAGAAAUCACUUGCCAAGCAACUUCAUUGAAGGCACUUAAGAACCUGGGAAGAAACAGAGCCUGGGUUCCAAUAAAUAAUUGCUACCUCAUGUCUAAAGAAAUUCCUUUUUCUGUGAAAAAGACUAAAAGCAUCUUCAACAGUGCAAUGCAGGAGAUGGAGGUUUAUGUGGAGAACAUUCGCAGGAAGUUUGGGGUUUUUAAUUACUCUCCGUUCAGGACACCCUACACGCCCAACAGCCAGUACCAAAUGCUGCUCGACCCCAGCAACCCGAGCGCUGGUGCCGCCAAGAUAGACAAGCAGGAGAAGGUCAAGCUCAACUUCGACAUGACGGCGUCCCCCAAGAUCCUGAUGAGCAAGCCCAUGCUGAGCGGGGGCACCGGCCGCAGGAUCUCCUUGUCGGACAUGCCGCGCUCCCCCAUGAGUACAAACUCCUCCGUGCACACGGGCUCCGACGUGGAGCAGGACCCCGACAAGAAGGCCAUGUCCAGCCACUUCAGCGCAAGCGAGGAGUCCAUGGACUUCCUGGACAAGAGCACAGCGUCGCCGGCCUCCAUGAAGAUGGGCCAAGCGGGAAGUUUAUCUGGCAGCCCGAAACCUUUCUCUCCUCAAGCGUCCACGCCAAUCACGACGAAAGCAGACAAGACGGCCACCACCGGAAGCAUCCUGAACCUUAACCUGGAUCGAAGCAAGGCCGAGAUGGACUUGAAGGAGCUGAGCGAGUCCGUCCAGCACCAGGCUGCCCCCGUGCCUCUCAUCUCUCCCAAGCGGCAGAUCCGCAGCAGGUUCCAGCUCAACCUUGACAAGACCAUAGAGAGUUGCAAAGCACAACUAGGCAUAAAUGAAAUCUCGGAAGAUGUUUACACGGCGGUAGAGCACAGCGAUUCGGAGGAUUCUGAGAAGUCAGACAGUAGCGAUAGUGAGUAUAUCAGUGAUGACGAGCAGAAGUCCAAGAAUGAGCCGGAAGACGUGGAAGACAAAGAGGGCGCUCAGUUGGACAAAGAGCUGUCUGCUGUCAAAACAAAGCCCAAGCUGGCCAGCCCGGUGGAGAUUAAAGAGGAGCUGAAAAGCGCUUCGCCCCCCAGCGAGAAAGCAGACCCAGGCUCAGUCAAGGAAAAGGCCAGCCCCCCGCCUGAGAAGGACUUCUCCGAGAAAGCCAAACCCUCGCCUCACCCCACGACGGAUAAGCUGAAGGGGAAGGAUGAGACGGAUUCCCCAACGGUCCACUUGGGCCUGGACUCCGACUCGGAGAGCGAACUUGUCAUAGAUUUAGGAGAAGACCAUUCUGGGCGGGAGGGUCGGAAAAACAAGAAGGAACCCAAAGAGCCAUCUCCCAAGCAGGAUGUGACUCUAGUUGUAGCUAAAGCUCCACCACUGUCUACUACGGCCGGCAGCCAGUCUCCCCCCGAAACGCCGGUCCUCACCCGCGCGUCCUCCCAAACUCCCACAGCUGGUGUCACGGCCACCACCAGCACCACGUCCACGGCCCCGGCCCCGGCGGCCACCGCCACCGCCACCAUCACGGGAAGCCCAGUGAAAAAGCAGAGGCCGCUUUUACCGAAGGAGACUGCGCCGGCCGUGCAGCGGGUCGUGUGGAACUCCUCAAGUAAGUUUCAAACGUCCUCCCAAAAGUGGCACAUGCAGAAGAUGCAGCGCCAGCAGCAGCAGCAGCAGCAGCAGCAAAGCCAGCAGCAGCAGCCUCAGUCUUCCCAGGGGACGCGAUAUCAGACCAGACAGGCUGUGAAAGCUGUCCAGCAGAAGGAGAUCACGCAGAGCCCGUCCACGUCCACCAUCACCCUGGUGACCAGCACUCAGUCGUCACCCCUGGUCACCAGCUCGGGGGCCACCAGCACCCUGGCCUCUUCAAUCAACGCAGACCUUCCCAUCGCCACUGCCUCCGCCGACGUCGCCGCGGACAUCGCCAAGUACACUAGCAAAAUGAUGGAUGCGAUCAAAGGAACGAUGACAGAAAUAUAUAAUGACCUUUCCAGAAACACUACUGGGAGCACAAUAGCUGAGAUUCGCAGGCUGAGGAUUGAGAUCGAGAAGCUUCAGUGGCUGCACCAGCAGGAGCUCUCCGAGAUGAAACACAACUUGGCCCAGGCUGGAGACAGAGCUGCCCUGUUGGUCCCUGGGUUAGACGGGCUGCUGUUCCACCUACCAUUCUGUGUAAAUAUUGAGCUGACCAUGGCGGAGAUGCGGCAGAGCCUGGAGCAGGAGCGGGACCGGCUCAUCGCCGAGGUGAAGAAGCAGCUGGAGCAGGAGAAGCAGCAGGCGGUGGAUGAGACCAAGAAGAAGCAGUGGUGCGCCAGCUGCAAGAAAGAGGCCAUUUUCUACUGCUGCUGGAACACCAGCUACUGCGACUACCCCUGCCAGCAGGCCCACUGGCCCGAGCACAUGAAGUCCUGCACCCAGUCAGCUACCGCCCCUCAGCAGGAAGCGGAUUCCGAGUCCAACACAGAAACACUAAACAAGUCCUCCCAGGGGUCCUCCUCCAGCACACAGGCCGCCCCUUCAGACACAGCCAGCGCCUCGAAAGAGAAGGAGACGUCUGCUGAGAAGAGCAAGGACAGCGGCUCGACCCUCGACCUUUCUGGCUCCAGGGAGACGCCCUCCUCCAUUCUCUUAGGCUCCAACCAAGGCUCUGUUAGCAACAACCUGCCUCUGCCCCAACCGCCACAGACCACCAGCCGCACCCCACCUAGCCGGCCCAGAAGUACCAUCCCCGGGGCAGCAAGUCCGGCGGCUGGAGCGGCAGCGAUGAGAAGCGAGGAUCGUCGCGUUCCGAGCACAACGCCAGCGCCAGCUCGAAGAGCCUCCUCCCGAAAGAGUCUCGGCUGGACCCCUUCUGGGACUAGGGACAAGCCGUCCGCCCCCCGGAGGAAGAAGGCAGACCCCGGGCCGCCGGGGAGCGGCGCGGACACGUGAGGCGGGAGACCACCCCCUCCGGCCCCGAGGACUCCACACAGACCCGGCCUUUCUUCCCACCGAGGGUCCCACACUACACACGCCCCCCGUAGCUCUGAGGACCGUCCACCCACAGGACUCACGCUUUAGGUGUAAAUAAUGUACAAUUUGUGGAUGUCGCUGAACUUAGAGUACCUUCCCCUUUUUAUAUUUGUAUUGACUUUAACUUAUAAAAAAGAGAAAAGAAAAAGAAAAAAGAAAGGCGAUUAGAAAAACACACCCAACCACACAAAGGACGUUCUGGUGUUGGAAGGGGUGGGCCGUGCCCGUCCGUCCGGAGGCGGCACCGGGACCGUGAGUUCCUUCCGGCGCAGGUUCCGUGCUGCCGUGGGCACCCCCCAUCAGGCCAUCGCCCCUUCCCUUCCCGACACCGCGCUGCUGCUUCAUCAGAUGCGAGCUCUCUGGGCCCGGAGGACGCAGAAGGACGCGGGCAGGAGCUCGCUUCUGGGACGCUCCUCCUAAAAGGGAAAACCCAGUGUCCUUGUUUACAGACGAGAAGCAGAAACCAGCCCCGCUCAGCGCAGCGCAGGAGAGAAGGACACCGGGCGUUUCGAGUCCUCGGGAACCGAGAGCAAUCUCUCUUGUGCGUGGUGGCUCCUUCCGACACACUCACGCACUGGGGGAGAGGGCCUGUGCUUUGCGGCAGGGAGGACGGCCGAGCCUGGGAGGAAGCAUGUCUGUAGUAUUUAUACGAGGGGAUUUUACGUUUUUAUGUAAGCAUGAAACCAAGGCAGUGUGAGAGGACACGCCCGCCAUGCUGUCUGUUACACUACGAACGCCGUGGCCCCAUUUUGUUUGUUGUGUAAAACAAAAAGCAUUGAGCAAGCAGAGGGGGAUGUAUGUAUAUGAGGAAAUUGUACGAUAUCAUUCCAGCCCAUCUUGUUGUACAUUUUAGUCUCGUUUACUUUCUCUUCAUUGCUGAUAAGAGGAUGCGGACUGUACAGUUUCCAGCUAGUUACCCAUCUUAGAGAAGAAGUAAGAAGGCUGUAUUAGAGGAAAACAGGAGAGAAAGAACAUUUGUGAAUUGCAGUUAUCAAAAAAAAAAAUAGCCUAGCUGGCCUUAUUUGUGAAGCAUAAUUGCUUUUAGCAUAUGGAAGUAUUUUUUCACAUUUUCUUUGUAUAAAAUUUGUAUUAAACUUAAAUAUCUUUUUUGA